AUGGCUCCAGUUUUGGUGCCUCUACUGCAUUUUCGAUUUCGUGUUGUUAUAGGAGAUAGUAAGAUAGAAAGUGAAAAGAACAUUUCGUUCAAUGUAGAAUCAGAAAAUCUCGUGGAAGACGUGAUCCUUCCUAGUUCAAAUAAGUCAAACGCCUAUGAAGUGAAUAAAUCAGAAGAGGACCUCACGUAUCCAGAAAAUUGUAACAAGACCGAUAACAACAUUAUUAGCACUGACCAAACCGAACUUGUGGAACAAGACAAAGACUACGAAAUUCAUCCUAGUACCAGUAGCUAUAAAGACAAACACUAUGAAAAUGCCGGUACCUAUCCAUCCGAAGAUGACGAUGAUUCUGUCCGUGAUCCAAAUUACGCGACCGAGAGCGAUUGUUCGGAAUCGGAUACAGCAAUGCACACAAAAGUAUCGCACGUUGUUGCUGAUGCUGAUGUUCAAGAAGGAAACCUAGAUAAGGAACGUAUAAGACCACGGAAAGGCAGAAAAAGAAAACAUGCAAAUGUUAGUAGAAGCGGAAACAAGGAAAAUCGAAACAGCAACCGGGAUUACUUUAACUAUAAAGGGAAGAAAAUUCAAGCAAAGACUUUUAUUGAUUUUGACUGUAAAUGCACAAUGAAAUGCCACGACAAUGUUUCCUUAGAAAUCCGAAAGAUAGAGUUUGAACGGUUUUGGUCUUUGAAGUCAUAUGAUAGCCAAGUCACUUUUAUUGCUGCUGGUGUACAACAGUUUCCUAAGAAGAGAUUGUAUGGAAGGGAUCCUGAUAAGCGACAAUUUUCUCGACGAUAUAAUAUACACGGCCAAAUUGUUUGUAAAAGCAUCUACCUCAAAACUCUGGGCAUAACAUCUUUCAGGGUGCACACAGCUCUUAAAAAAUUUAGGGGCGUUAUUCCUAUUACAGAUCAAAGGGGACAAAAACAAGGGGGCUAUAACAAAUUGGCGGACGAUAAAGUUCAAAAAGUAGUGGAUCAGAUUAAUCGUAUUCCAAAGUAUACUUCACACUAUCGUCGAGAAGCGACAACGGCGCAAUUCCUACCACCAGAUGUAACAAUACAAAAGAUGUUUGAGAUGUACCGUUUGGAAACGGAAAAUCCUGUGAGCUUUAGUUCCUACAAAAAAAUUUUCUACGAGCGUUUCAACUUGAAAUUUAAAAGUCUAAAGAAGGAUACGUGUAACACUUGCGACACUUUAAACAUGAAAGCUACAAAUGAAGCAAAUCUUAAUAAACAACAAGAAAUAAAAAAGCAACAUGAGAACCAUUUAGAAAACGCAGAAGGGGCUCAAAAAUUAAGACGGCAGGAUUUUAAAUUGGCAAAGGAAAAUGAUGAGUAUGAGUGCCUAACAUUCGACCUCUAAAAAACGUUGCCGUUACCCCGAAUCCCAACCAGCAUUGUUUUCUAUAAACGACAACUUUGGGUGUACAACUUGGGCGUACACAGCGGAAAAGAUGACAAAGGAUAUUGCUAUGUCUGGACAGAAGGGGUCGCCGGAAGAGGAGCGCAAGAGGUCGGAUCUUGCCUUUUGAAGCAUAUUGAAAACUUAAACAACAAUGUUAAUCAUCUUAUACUAUGGAGUGACUCAUGUGGAGGUCAGAAUAGAAAUAUAAAGCUCACUCUGAUGCUGAAAUAUAUUUUAAGUAAAUCUCCUAGUUUGGAUGAUAUUACUUUAAAGUUUUUACACUCCGGACAUAGUUUUCUUCCGAAUGAUUCAGACUUCGGUGAAAUAGAAUGUGCGUUAAAACGGCAACAGCGACUAUACAUGCCAGAGGAUUACGUUAAUGUUAUGAAAGAAUGCCGGAAUUAUAUUUCGGUAUCCAGUCCGAAGAUAUAAUUGAUAUUUACUACGUAGUCCGCCCUCUUUGAGCU